AUGGGGUCAGGUGAAGUGUCUUGGUACUUCUACAAUGCCUUCUCAAAUGUGUGGGGAAAUGACGCAAAAGGCGUAAAAGGUCUAGAACGUGCCUUCAAGAACCAGAUCGAACGACACCCUAAGUACGAAAUAUGGGUAUGUGACCGUCCAUCGCUCGGAGGUGCCAUGGCGUCUCUGGCAGCGUAUCACAUCGCCAAAACUUAUAACAAGAUAUCUGAGCGGAUAAAUGAGCGGAUAAAGCUGGUAACAUUCGGAGAGCCAAGAACAGGCAAUGCUGCAUAUGCUGAAGACUUCAAUAAAAAGAAUGGCAGAGACGACACUAAUCCGUCUAAUUUUCUCAUUUUUUCAGCAACAGGCUUGGAUCUUAGUAUCCGUGAUACCGUUGCCUCUUGGCGAACAAAACGAUUAAUAUGUAAGGCAUUCACACUAGUCGUUACACUUUGCCUUGCGGCUUCACUCAAUGCUGUCAGAUUAUUUGACUACAACUUCGUUAGGAAUCAAAUGUUCCCUCUGGCUGCCGCCGCCUAUUCGGAUGAGCCAAGGGGCUGCAUACUCAAUCGCUUCAAAGGCUAUAAUGGAACUCAUGGGAACUUGUUCUUUGACCAUAAUCUUGUUCAAUGCGAUGGUUUUGAGAAUGACUGCUAUGGAUUCCUAGCCACACUAACCGAACAGUCGGCGAUAGUUCUUAGUUUCAGAGGCACCAAUUAUCUAAGUCAACUCAAGAACGAAGUUGCCACCAGCGCUGCUGUGGUCCCCAUGGGGUUAGGUGAAGUGUCUUGGUACUUCUACAAUGCUUUCUCAAAAGUGUGGGGAAAUGACGCAAAAGGCGUAAAAGGUCUAGAACGUGCCUUCAAGGACCAGAUCGAACGACACCCUAAGUACGAAAUAUGGGUGACCGUCCUUUCGCUCGGAGGUGCCAUGGCGUCUCUGGCAGCGUAUCACAUCGCCAAAACUUAUAACAAGAUAUCUGAGCGGAUAAAUGAGCGGAUAAAGCUGGUAACAUUCGGAGAGCCAAGAACAGGCAAUGCUGCAUAUGCUGAAGACUUCAAUAAAAAGAUGUUUGGGUUGAUUGCUACGCUUUCGCUUGUGGUGGUCGGAGCUCAUUCCGCCGUUUUUUCCGAUGAUUUCGCUUACAACAACAUGCUCCCUCUGGCUGCUGCAGCUUAUUCAGACCAUCCGGAUGCAUGCGUCAGAAAUCACUUUAACGGACAGAUCUACAGAUUUUACAAGGUGGACUGCAAAGGCCCUUGGAGCGGAACUGCAUCAGUCUCAUGUGCGGCAUAUACGGCCCUGCUACCCAGUAGGAAAGCAAUAGUGCUGAGUUUCAGAGGGACAAACACACCCAUGCAGCUUUUCAAGGAACUUGUUCAUUGUAGAUUGAAUCAAGAAAAUGGCAGAGACGACACUAAUCCGUCUAAUUUUCUCAUUUUUCAGCAACAGGCUUGGAUCUUAGUAUCCGUGAUACCGUUGCCUCUUGGCGAACAAAACGAUUAA